AUGACGAAAACUCGUUAUAAUAUCAGGGAAGAUUUAUUUGAUUCUCACGACUGGCCUUCCCGUUACGCAAAGGGCUUCCCGUUACGCGAAGGGCUUCCUGUUAUGCGAAGGGCUUCUUGUUUUGGACAUGAUCCUCGUUUUGUGAACAAAAACCUUAUUGAGGCAUCUCAGAUGGAAAAUCAAGAUGCAAUUGACGCUGCUAUUGUAUGGAUGCUAGCUGAUCCAAAGGAGAUACCAAACUUGAUGCCUCAUCCAUUGAGAACAUUGUUAAUGGAAAGGAACCCGUCAUGUCGAUGUGGGAAUAUGUUCUGUGGAUCCCGUCGCUACUCUGAUAAACAUGGUUGCCUUUUUGACUAUCAUGGUACUGCCCAUGAUGCUAUAGUUAAAGCCAAUCCUUUUAUUAAGGCGGAGAAACUCAACAAGAUCUAG